GACGGUCUGUGUGGCGCAGUUGAUGCAGAUGGCGCAAUCACACACUUUUGAAACGGAAUCUGCAGCAUAAUUGUUACUCUGGGUAAAUUAUCAGUUAUGGCUAUGAUAAAUUCGAAGCAUAUUAAUUUUAAACGUUGCUUUUAUAUAACUGUUAUGGUAUUCUUGUAGUCUAGACAUCGUCAUCACCAUUCUUUACGUCAAUAACAAACCGCAAAUCAACGGCAUUCACCCGAGGGCUGGCAUAAGAUGGGCGAUGGUCCACCGGCCGCAGUCCUUGAUAACGGAUCGGGCUUCUGCAAAGCCGGGAUGGCGGGGGACGACACUCCGAGCGCCGUGUUCUCAUCGAUCGUCGGUCGGCCCAAACAUAAAACCAUGAUGAUGGUCGGCGCAGGCCAGAAGGACUCGUAUGUAGGUGAACAGGCCCAGGCCAAGCGGGGUGUACUCAAACUGAAGUAUCCGAUCGAGCACGGCAUCAUCAAAGACUGGGCCGACAUGGAAAUGAUUUGGGAUCACAUGAUCAACCAGGAUCUGAAAAUCCCGCCAGAGGAGCAUCCGUUUCUACUGACUGAAGCGCCGCUGAAUCCUCUCAAAAACAAGGAAAAGAUGAUGCAGAUCUUUUUCGAGAAAUUCAACGUGCCGGCGUUUUACGUGGCCGUGCAGGCGGUGCUGUCUCUGUACGCCUCCGGUAGGACCACGGGCGUGGUGAUCGACACCGGCGACGGCGUGUCGCACACGGUGCCCAUCUACGAGGGGUUCGGCAUGCCGCACGGAAUCCUGCGCCUGAACCUGGCCGGCCGGGACAUCACCGACUACUUCUGCCGCCUGAUGACCGAGCAGGGCACCAGUCUCACCACAACGGCAGAGAAGGAAAUCGCCAGGGACAUCAAGGAGAAGCUGUGCUACAUCGCCGUCGACUUUGACGCCGAGAUGAGCAACAAGGACUCGGUCGACUACGAGAUGCCCGACGGCAACAUCGUCACAGUGGCCAACCAGCGGUUCCGCGCGCCCGAGGCGCUCUUCCAGCCCUCCCUCACCGGGAUGGAGUCGGACGGCAUCGCGCACCUCACCUACAACUCCAUCAUGAAGACGGACAUCGACGUCAGGAAAGACCUCUACGAGAACAUCGUGUUGUCCGGCGGCUCGUCCAUGUUUAACGGGCUGGACGAGCGACUGCAGAAGGACGUGCAGGCCAUGGCACCCAGCACCAUGAAGGUCAAGGUCAUGGCCGACGCGUCGCGAAAGUUUUUCGUCUGGAUCGGCGGCUCUGUGCUGGCUUCACUGUCGACGUUUCAGCAGAUGUGGGUCUCUCGAGCGGAAUAUGAUGAUGUCGGGGUCGAUAUCGUACACCGGAAGUGCUUCUGAGUAGGACAGAGUUUCAUGUCGAGACUGCUUUGUUUGAAUAUCAACGAGGACCAUGAAGAAGUUUUCAACUUCGUUCGAAACUAUCACCGGACUUCAUCUUAACUGUUCCUGAGAUGGGCGAGUGUGAGAAUAGUGUAGUAUGCUUGAUAAAAUGUGUAAAAGUUGAAAUGGUAAACGGACAGUUUACAUACAAGACAACAUCUACCAGCCUCAGUCGUAUUGCGAGAAGAUCUUUAUGAUAUUAGCCUUUCUUUCGUGGGUAUAGGGUCAUAUAAUAAAAGCCCAGAGCCCUAAGGUACAGGGUUUAUAUUUAGCGACU